GUGUAUCUUUUCUCCGGUAGGGCAAAAAGCUUCACAAUCAGGGACAUUUUUGUCAUUGUCUCCUUCUGCGGGCGUUAGGGUUUCGAGUCCCAUUUAUAAUGUGUUUUUCAUAUCCGCCUGUGCGUGUGGUGUGUGUCUUUGUCGGUUCGGUUGGAUUUGAUUCCUCGUUUCACCUCUGCACACGCACACUCUUCCUCUUUUUAGCUUAACUGUUGUUGGUUCUUCAUCUCUCUUUCUCUCGCAGAGUCUUUGAUCAUUUCCUUCUCUACUUGUGGGCUUAGCUAUUGAUUUGUUUACUUGAUCUCUUGCUUAUAGCCGCAAAUUUCUUAGAUCCCUGUCCGUCAGUAGCUCUCUGUUUCAAUCAUUAAUUAGAGCUUUUAGUGCUUUAGCAGCUUGACUUUCUGAUAUUAUUAUAUCUCAAUCACCAUCUUCGUUCACUUCCCACUUCAGCUUAUCUACUUUUCUCACCUGGGUUUCUUUUAGAUCUCAAGUGUAGUUCAUUGAAAUGCUGGAUCCAAGUGAAAAAGGAUCAGAGAAUGAGGAUAUGAGUAGCAGAUCAACCGAAGGAGAACAUCAGCAGAAGAAGACCUGUGCCGAUUGCGGAACUUCAAAGACGCCACUCUGGAGAGGAGGCCCAGCUGGCCCUAAGUCACUGUGCAACGCAUGUGGAAUUAGAAGCAGGAAGAAGAAAAGGGACAGUUUGGGUUUGAACAGAGGAGCAAAUGAGAAGAAAGCGAAGAAAGGAAACAAUCAUCAUAGUUCAAGCAAUAGAUUAGGAGAUGGGUUAAAGCAGAGGUUGUUGGCUUUGGGUAGAGAGGUAUUGAUGCAGAGAUCAACGGUGGAAAAGCAGAGGAGGAAGCUAGGAGAGGAAGAGCAAGCAGCUGUGCUAUUAAUGGCUCUAUCUUAUGGCUCAGUGUAUGCUUAGGAGGGGUAAUAAUGGAAUCAAGAAUUGUUGUAUUAGCUGACCCAAUUAAGUUGAAAUGUCAAGUGUAUGUUGUUCA